AUACACAUUUUAUAUCAAUUUUAUAUCAAUUUCAAUACAACAAUAACUAGGAAAGUUAAUCAUUCAGAAGGAAUGGUCUGUAUAGUAUACUGAGUAAGAAAAAGCAGAAAAUGAUGUUCUCCAAGAUGACUCUAGGAUGCAUUCUUGUCACUUUAAUUCUGGUAAUAACAACAACUGAAGGAAAGAAGAAACCAUGCGUUCCUCACCCAACUGCAACAUGCAACAAACAACAAAAGAGUUGUCCAAACACAUACAGAUGUGCCAAAGUGAAUGGGAUAUGCUGCAGGAAGAAGAACAUACCAGCCGAUUGCGAUGCUGCAAUUGACCAAUCAACUAAUGCACCAUAUGAAUGUACACGACCCUUUUAUAGCUGUAAAUCAUUAGAUGGACCAAAAACCAAGUAUGUUUGUAUCUAUCAUAAUCAUGGAAGGAAUGCUUACUCUAUGUGUUGUGAGAAUCCUAUCUGCUUUGACAUAUCUGGAAACAUGCAUAGGAAAUAUGAAGGUGAAUGGACCGAGUCUAACGGCUGUACCGUAUGUAGCUGUAUAUCCACCAACAACACUGAAUGUGAUGACUCGAAAUGUCAAAACAAAUGUGGUGAAUUUUCUCAAUUUUCCCCAUGCCCAAAAAGCUCAUGUGGUAAACAGUAUAAGAUAAGGAAAUGUAUAAAUACAAAGAAUGACAUAAAAUCGCAGCGUAAUGCUGAACUGAACGUGACAAUAUGUUAUCCCCAGCCUCCAGCCCAAUGUCCACUCCCAGGAAGAGUUAGAAGUAAUUUAGUUAUUGUACCCAUGCGCCAAGGGGCUGCUAGAGUAUUCCCAGA